AUGGCUGAAGACGAUCACAACCCGCACGUUGCCGAGCAGACGCCUGCAACUACACAUGGACACCCUCGAGCACAUUCCGAGGCUGAGACCACGGCGGGCACAGGCUCGAGUCACGGCAUCAGCAUUAAUGUUCCCGAUGAUGGAUCCACCAUCAGAUCUUCCCCGGUCAAACAAAUGAGCGCACCUGCCAUGUCAGCUCGCCAUUCACCUAUCCGACACCACAAGCGCGUGCCUUCCCGGGGUAAAGCGGUGAAAGAGACGCUGAAUGCGCGAUCGCAUUACGGCAGCAGCGACGACGAUGGCUCUGCGGUGCAUCGAAUAAAUCAAUACAUCAUCAAGCAGGAAAUCGGCCGAGGGAGCUUCGGGGCUGUACAUCUUGCUCAUGAUCAAUUUGGCGCCGAGUAUGCUGUCAAGGAGUUCUCAAAGUCACGACUACGGAAGCGAGCGCAGUCGAACCUUCUGCGCAAGCCAAAUCAGCAGCGGCGACCAGGUCAUUUAGCCGCUGGGCUUGGCUUCAAUUCUCCACUACACCGUCAGUCAUCAAGUGAGAAGGUUGGGACGGAGAACAACAGCUUGAGCUUGAUCAAGGAAGAAAUCGCCAUUAUGAAGAAGCUCAACCAUAACAAUCUGGUCAACCUGAUCGAAGUGCUCGACGAUCCUCAAGAGGACAGUCUGUACAUGGUACUGGAAAUGUGCAAGAAAGGCGUUGUGAUGAAGGUCGGCCUGGACGAGCGGGCGGCACCAUAUGAAGACGAGGCAUGUCGGUGUUGGUUCCGCGACAUGAUUCUUGGCAUCGAGUACCUGCACACCCAAGGUAUCAUCCACCGAGAUAUCAAGCCCGACAAUUGCCUGAUCACGAACGGCGAUGUCCUCAAAAUUGUCGACUUCGGUGUCAGUGAGAUGUUCGAGAAGGAUUCAGACAUGGCUACUGCAAAGUCGGCUGGAUCGCCCGCGUUCAUGCCGCCAGAACUGUGUGUCGCGCGACAUGGCACCGUGAAUGGCAAGGCCGCGGACAUUUGGAGCAUGGGUGUCACGCUGUAUUGUUUGCGCUACGGGCAUAUCCCAUUCGAGAAGGGUGGGAUGCUGGAAUUGUACGACAGCAUUCGCGGCGAUGAGCUUCAACUUGAGGAUGAAAGGGACGACAAUUUCAAGGACCUGAUGGUCAGAAUGCUGGAGAAGGAUCCAGAGAAGAGGAUCGCUAUGUCACACAUUAGGAGCCAUCCAUGGGUCACACAGGACGGCGAGGACCCGUUAUUGUCAGCUGAGGAUAAUUGCGCCGAUCUUGUUGAGCCGCCUACUGAAGCCGAGAUGGACAAUGCCAUCACCGGAAACAUGGCUUCCCUAAUGGUUGUCAUGAGAGCAGUGAAGCGCUUCAAGCGACUUUUGCACCGCAAGCGACCGAGCUCGUUCCAAGGACUGUUUGGCAGGGAAAGUAAACUUGUCGCGCCUCCUGCGGCAAUGCGUGGUAGCGGGAGUAAAAGCACCGACCCCCAUGACCGAAAGCCGAUGGACGCGACUCUAGUCACUGCUGGUGAAAUUCGAGACGCUGAAGCGGACGACAAGACGAACAAGCUUCUGCAUGAUCCAGACCAAGCACACGAAGAUGACGCAGAGGUGAACGCUGGCUCACAGCCACAACUCCGACGGUACGAGACCGAAGCAGUACGACGGCAGCGCGAAGAGACCGCCAGACAUCAUCCACACCAUGGCACGGACCCUGCACUACAUCGACAAACUACCACUGGAGGAGCAGCAACGACGUCGCACCCGUCCAUGCCUCGCUCAUUCACAGUCGACGACCAUGAGAAGGGUCACGCUCAUGAUCCGCUCGAAGAUACCCUAUACCUCUCCAUUGGCGCAAACGCAGACCAAGACCCGGAUCAAGAUCGAGACAGCACCCGCCAGCAAAUUGUCAGCGAAAGUCCGCCGGAAGUCGAGAUGAACAUCUACGAGCACGCCUACCAGGAAGAGAUCAACCGGAUCAUGAGCCAGCGCGGCGCCGAAAACGCAUCGAUGUACCUCAAUCGCCGGGUCGAACAUAGAGAGGAUCUGCGCUCCCAUAGCAAUAUCCUUGAUUCGAGCAAAGAGGUCGCCAGCGAGGCCGCCAACCGACUCGCGGCUGGUCUAGUUGCGGGUAAGAAUAGGCUUACUGGAAGAUCUGGAGGCGGAGGCUUGGCGGCUUUGGUCAAGCAAGCAAAGGAGCAGAACGAGGAGGACAGUUCGAAGAAGUCGUCGGAGGACUCGGAAUAUCCACCUCUGCUAACGCCGAAGUUUGCGGGGGCGGGAGCUGAGCGAGAUGAGAGCAAAGAGGAUGAGACGGCACCAGUCAUUCCCGAAUCUAUUGUCAAGGCGCAAGCACAUCUCGAUGUGGCGAAAGGGGCUAUGCCGGGUAUGCCUGGAGCAUUUCCUGCUAGCCCUGGUCGUGUGCCGGAGAAGAGUGCUGUUGGAAAGGAGUGA